AUGGUUCAUAAAAGAUUUAAUAAAAUAUCUCUUGUGAAAAGUGAACGAAAUUUUAAAAAGACAAAUAAUAAAAAUAGUUUAGAAACAAAAAGGAAUUUAAAAAAAUAUGUAACUAAUAAUAAAAUAAAAUUAUUCCUUUUGUUUCUUGAACUAGUCUUAUGUACCAUUCUACACACAACAACAGAACUGAACUAUUUUGAUGAGCUGUCAAAAAAUAAUUCUUCAAAUAAAAAUUACAAAGUUAAUAAUAGAAAAGAACAUGGACAAUUUAUUAGACUAUUAGGUGAAGUAGAAAAUAAUAAUAAUGAAUAUGAAUUAAAUGGACCCUCUCUAAUGGGAGUGGAUCCUUAUAAUAUUGAAAGCUAUGGAGAAGAAACAGAAAAUACGAAACAAAAUAAAAGUGAUAAUAAUUUUUAUUAUGUAUUAGAUAAUGCUUAUGACAAAAAAUUAUUAGAAAUAAAAAAUGAUUAUGAACGAGCAUUGGAAGACAUGAAUACUGAUAACAAAGCAGAAUAUGAUGGAACUGUAGUAAAUAAUUUAUUAGAAGAAAUAUAUUAUGAUCAUACAGUAUCUGAAGUAUCACAUGAACAAUUAAAUGAAUUAAAUGAUAAUGAAGAUAUUUCAUUGCAUGAAAAACAACUUAGAAAAGAAAGAGCAAAUAUGAAUGAUAAAGAUAAUUCUAAAGAUUCUAAUGCUCAAAACAAACAAGGUGAUGCAGCUAAUAAAAAGUUUAUAAAAAUUUUUGAAAAAUUUUUUGAAAGAAUGAAUAAACAUAGAGUUAAUUAUUUACGUAAUAAAUAUCAAAUAUUCCAAUUUCUUAAUGAAUUAAAUAGAGAGGAUAGAGAAAGACUUCAAGCUUUAUUCUAUGUUGCAAUAUCACUUGCAAUUUUAGGAAUUGUUUUUAUAAUAUAUUUAAUAGUUAGAAUCAUAAUUUUAAUAAUUUUUCUAUUUGAAUAA